UGAAAAACAUAAAAUAAAAUAAAAGCAAAGCAAAGGGUUUCACAAAAUGGAUGGAUGUAUAGAUUAUCAUAUAACUUUGUCUUUACAUUUUCUAUUGGGUAUAAAGCUAUAUUGCUCUAAAUUUCUUCUUUUAAAUAAUUCAUUGAGAAGUGUGCUUGUCAUGUUUUUCCAUGGCAAAAUGAAGCCAUAGGCUACCAAUACUCUACAUAAUUUCUGCUCCUACUUCUCUGGACCAAAAGUAAAAUUAAAAUUUGCUUCGCCCCAGAAGAGAUUUGUUUAUAUUUCUCUCUUGUUUUCUCCCCUUCAAUCACUUCUCAGCAAGAGGGCUUCUUCACUGUCUUUAUGCCUCUCUUUCUCCUCCUCUCUUUGGGAAUCAACAAGUUAUUAAGAGAUUUGUUAGUGUGAAGGCCUGUGUAGUGUAUCAUGAGUUCGAACGAGUUUGGUACUGAAAGAUCGAAGCCCUGGAACAUAUACACAACGUCGGAUCCAAGUCCAUCUCAGGCAGCAGUGGAUCAGGAAGCUCCAUGGAAAAGCUUUGGAACAUCAAUGAAUGCUAUUUCUUUUGGAUUUGUUGCCACAGCUAUCUUGAUAUCGAUGUUUCUAAUAAUGGCGAUUUUUGAGCAUCUCUUUAGGCCGGCAACUUCCUUCUCUUCACCAGAUGGGAUGAGCAAUGCUUCUACAGAUUCAGGACCCAAGACAAAGCUUGGCAAUGCACAAACUGUGUCAAGCUCAUAUGCAUUGGAUUUCUCAGUACUGAUGCCGGGGCAACAGCAUCCUACCUACAUUGCUCAACCUGCUCCUCUUGGACCUCUGCCAUGCCAAAGAGAAGGAACAUGUUGGCCUUCUCAUCAACAUGAACUUAAUUUUGCAUAUCCUUAGACUUGCGCUGAGGCAUCUCUUGAGGCUGUUUGUAUAUCUCUACAAAAUAUGAUCAAUUUUAUGUGUUCUAUUAUAGCAAAUUUAUUAUCUAAUCAAUAAAAUAUCAGAAGCAUGUAUUGGACAGAA